GUGGUGAGUCAAUUUGGCCAUCAUAAUUGCUCCUUUCUGUAUUUUCUCUUUUCUCUCAAUCCAAACACAACUAAUCUCUUUUCUCUCUCUCUCUGAUCGGAACAGCUCCGCCGUGUCAUCUCCUCCACUCUCUCUCUAGAAUUCUUCAACACAACCUUUUUCCUGACAAACAAACAAACAAAACCCAGCUCCCUUUCGCAACUCCCCACAUGUAUAGAAAUCAACUACCCAAACCGAUAAAAUUCCCACAGAUAAAUACCAACAAAUCCGUUUACCCUCCUCAGUGUUUAUCCAUUGGCCUCGACUUUAGCAACCCCCCCCUAAGAUCUUCCCGAUUUUAGAUUCCUCAGUUUCUCAACUGUCUCUCUCUCUCUCUCUCUCUCUCUCUCUCUCUCUAGAUUCUCUGUUCCUACUUUGAGUACUGCUUUUGGUUGGUCUAUUUUCCUCAGGCAAAACAAGAGACACAACAAAGAUUAAUCCUAUCACGAGCAAAGCGAAAAACGAGACCAAAAUAUUCUCCUUUUCCUCUACCUGGUUUUGGUUGGUUUCUCUCUCUCCUCAUCCUCUGUUUCUAUUGGCACUGGUUGUUGCUUGUUCUGGGUAGUGGGUAGCUGUAUUUUGAUCGAAUGAAUACGAUGAGAAGGCAACAAGAUGAACAAUCGAGGGUUUUCUGCGAGCUCUCCACUUUAAUCCUCAACAUCCUCCGAUCUCCUCCCGCGCCGAUUCACUUCGCCGAUCACUCCCCGGAUCCUCCCGCGCCGGUUCGCUUCUCCGAUCACUCUCCGGCGCCGGUUAAUAGGAGAAGGCCGUCCACGCCGCCGAUCUCGCCGGCGGGGUUCGCGUCGCUGCUGCUGGGGAUUUCGCUGGCGUUGAUGCUGUGUGGGUCGGUUACGUUCUUCAUUGGGUUCAUGUUGAUGCCUUGGGUCCUUGGGUUGGUGAUGUUUUUCUAUGUGGUUGGGAUUGUGUCGAGCUUGUCGAUGAUCGGACGGGCGAUUCUUUGUCACACCGCCGCGUCGCCGCCCUCGCCGAGGAAGGAGGUUCCAGCUUGGAAACUCAUGUGAAGUUCAUUCUGAGGUGUUUAGACAAUGCGUUGGAAGAUUCAACGGAGGUAUUGCUAUUUUGCUGGAAGAAAUGUUCCGGGCUUUUUUGAGAAACGCUGCCGGAACUGUGGAUAAUCUGUUUCUUUAUGAAUUGCUAAAACAUGUGGAUAUGUUGAACUUUUUAAAGUAGUGCCGUGGAUUAUUUAUUACUAGAACUUAGGUAAACAGAUAGGGUGUAUCGUGUCUCUACUUCGAUCUAUUGUUACCUCGAAUUCGCUAUGUUACUGUUUUCGUGCUUCAAUGGAGAACCUUAACUACUGAGGAUUUCGAAAUGUAUUUGCUGUAUCGUCGGGGGUUUCAUGAAAUCACAACAGUUCCCUUAUUUGUUAAA